AUGGUGCACUAUUCGUGUGGUUUCCUUUUGUCCCUUUUGGGGGCGUUUAUCACUUUAGUUGUACAUGACCACGGGGGAUUCUUCUUCCAAGUUGUGAAUUGCAACAUCCGUGUGCUGAACCACGGAAAGGGGGGGCACAAGACGAGUGGCCAGCAGAUGCAGCACCACCUAGGGGCGAGCAACCCAACGGAGGUGGGAAAAUUGAGUGCAGUUGAGAAGGGGGACACGCAGAGCAAGAGCAACAUGGAAAACGAAUUGGAGGACAAUCUGGGAAACGAAGACGACAACGAAGGAGAAAUGUCCAGAAGCAGCUCCCUAUGGGCAGGACUCCUCAGUGAAGUUUCACCACACAACGCGGGCAAAACAUUUCAGGAUGACAUGGACGAAGAAGACAACCCAGAUGAACUGCCCUCAAAUCAUUACACCUUUUUCGAUGCAACGAAUGAUAGAUCGAUAAAGAAGGUGGACUCUUUGUCCCAACCGGACCAGCAGAAGCUACUACAGCAAAAUUUCAAUUGGGCUCAGAUGCCCAACAUAGGAAUUUCCUGCAGAGAAACAGGAUGUCCCAAAACGUAUCAGAUGUGCGUCCCCUUCUCUUACGAUAGCGCAAACUUUGAAGGAAAAAGGCUCAUUGAAAUUAUCACUUCUUCCGGCACGUUCAGUAUGAAAGGGUUAAAAUUCGAUAACGAAAAUAUUGAACACGAUAAGAGAAAAUACAUCCUCGUUUAUUCUUGCGUUUGCAAAAAGUACAGGUCGGAUGGUUCCUGUGACGAAUCGGUGGAGUAG